CAGCGAGGCGAAGCGAGGCGACCCCGGUGCGGCCAUGGCCUCGCUGCUGGGAGCUUACCCGUGGCCCGAGGGGCUCGAGUGCCCGGCCCUGGAAGCCGAGCUGUCGGAUGGGCUGUCGCCGCCGGCCGCCCCCCGCCCGCCAGGGGACAAGGGCUCUGAGAGCCGUAUCCGGCGGCCCAUGAACGCCUUCAUGGUGUGGGCCAAGGAUGAGAGGAAACGUCUGGCGGUGCAGAACCCGGACCUGCACAACGCCGAGCUCAGCAAGAUGCUGGGAAAGUCGUGGAAGGCGCUGACGCUGUCCCAGAAGAGGCCCUACGUGGACGAGGCGGAGCGGCUGCGCCUGCAGCACAUGCAGGACUACCCCAACUACAAGUACCGCCCUCGCAGGAAGAAGCAGGCCAAGCGCCUCUGCAAGCGCGUGGACCCCGGCUUCCUCCUGAGCUCCCUCUCCCGAGACCAGAAUGCCCUGCCCGAGAAGCGGGGCGCCGGCCGGGGGGUGCUGGGGGAGAAGGAGGACAGGGGUGAGUACUCCCCCAGCUCCGCCCUACCCAGCCUGCGGGGCUGCUACCACGAAGGGCCGGCUGGCGGCGGCGGCGGCGGCACCCAGGGCAGCGCGGACACCUACCCAUACGGGCUGCCCACGCCCCCGGAAAUGUCGCCCCUGGACGUGCUGGAGCCGGAGCAGACCUUCUUCUCCUCCCCCUGCCAGGAGGAGCAUGCGCACUCCCGCCGCAUCCCCCACCUGUCGGGGCCCCCUUACUCGCCAGAGUACGCCCCCAGCCCUCUCCACUGCGGCCACCCCCUGGGCUCCCUGGCCCUCAGCCAGUCCCCGGGCGUCUCUAUGAUGUCCACUGUACCCGGCUGUCCUCCGUCUCCUGCCUAUUACUCCCCUGCCACCUACCACCCUCUCCACUCCAACCUCCAUGCCCACCUGGGCCAGCUCUCCCCCCCUCCCGAGCACCCCGGCUUUGAUGCCCUGGAUCAGCUGAGCCAGGUGGAACUCCUGGGGGACAUGGAUCGCAAUGAGUUCGACCAGUAUUUGAACACUUCUGGCCACCCAGACUCUGCUGCAGGGGCCAUGGCCCUCAGUGGGCAUGCCCCGGUCUCCCAGGUGACACCAACGGGCCCCACAGAGACCAGCCUCAUCUCCGUGCUGGCUGAUGCCACAGCCACGUACUACAACAGCUACAGCGUGUCAUAGAGCGGAGGCAGCCGGUCCAGCCCUGCCUUGCCGUCCCCUCCUUCCUGCGCACUGAGCACAGCGGAGGGCAGGGCUACCAGCUUUCCUCCGAUGCCCCAGGGUGGGCAGGUCAGAACUGCCGGCCGGGCGGAAUGGGGUUCUGCCGAUCCGAAUGCCCCUCCGCCCCCUUCCCGGAGUGGGGCUCUGCUGAUCCCAGUGCCCCUCCGCCACCUUCCGGAGUGGGGCUCUGCUGAUCCCAGUGCCCCUCCGCCCCCUUCCCGGAGUGGGGCUCUGCUGAUCCCAGUGCCCCUCCGCCACCUUCCGGAGUGGGGCUCUGCUGAUCCCAGUGCCCCUCCGCCACCUUCCGGAGUGGGGCUCUGCUGAUCCCAGUGCCCCUCCGCCACCUUCCCGGAGUGGGGCUCUGCUGAUC